AUGUCGAGUGUGAAGCGAAAAGGUGAGAAAAUGUCUGAUGUGGCACGAAAAUUUAAUAUGAAUCGGUCAACUGUAGGCACAAUUAUUAAGAACAAAGAAAAAAUUGUGGAACAUGUGAAAUCUGCAGUGCCCAUGCAAUCAACCAUCAUAUCGAAAAAGAGAGGGAAAGUGAUUGAGGAGAUGGAAAAACAUCUCGGCGUCUGGUUCGAGGACUGCAUCCAGAAACGGAAACGUCUAUGCCUUAUGAUGAUUCAAGAGAAGGCCCUGAGUCUAUUCAAUGAACUGAAGGCUGAGUAUGGUGAGGAUGUGUCAUUCACUGCAAGUCAUGGGUGGUUUAACCGCUUCAAGGCGCGCAAUAACUUGCAUAACGUGAAGGUGUCUGGUGAGGCGGCGAGUGCAGAUGUUAAGGCAGCUGAGGAAUUCCCAGGAAAACUAGCAGAAAUUAUCUGCCAGGGAGGCUACACACCACAACAGAUUUUCAAUGUGGAUGAAACUGGCCUCUACUGGAAAAAGAUGCCUGACCGAACCUACAUCAGUAAGGAGGAAAAGACGAUGCCUGGCUUCAAAGCUGCAAAGGACAGACUGACGCUACUGCUUGGGGGUAAUGCUAGUGGUGAUUUAAAAUUAAAGCCCCUACUGGUGUACACCUCGGAAAACCCACGAGCCCUGAAAAACAUUGCCAAGGCGUCUCUUCCAGUUGUGUGGAAGAGUAACUCUAAAGCUUGGGUCACACAGGCGAUUUUUCAGGAGUGGUUUUAUAAUCAAUUUAUCCCUGAGGUGGAGAAGUAUUGUCGGAGCAACUCCAUUCCAUUCAACGUCCUCCUGGUGCUGGAUAACGCCCCUGGCCACCCACCUUACCUAGAUGACUUUCACCCUAAUGUCAAGGUUGUCUACCUGCCACCCAACACAACCUCCAUUAUACAACCUAUGGACCAGGGAGUCAUCGCAACGUUCAAAAAAUACUAUCUAAGGCGCACUUUCCGCCAGGCACUGAAGGCAACAGACGAGAAUGAUAUGACUCUGAGCGAAUUUUGGAAGUCAUAUAACAUCUACAAUGCCAUAAAAAACAUUAAUACCUCCUGGUGGGAAAUUACAACCACCUGUAUGAAUGCCGUAUGGAAAAAGCUCUGCCCUCAGGUUGUUCAUGAUUUCACUGGGUUUGAAAAUAUUCAGGAGGAGCAGGAGGAGGUUGUUGACAAUUUAAUCUCCAUGAGUGAGAAACUGGAGCUAGAGCUGGAGGAGCAGGACUUCACAGAGUUCUUUGAUGACCAUGACAAGGAGCUAUCUAAUGAUGAACUACGAGAAUUGGAGAAGCAGAGGAAGGAGAGGCAGCCUUGGCAAAUUUUGAAGAACAGGACCCAAAUGAAGAACGACAUGCCAAGGUGUCAGCAGCUGUUCAUGAUGCACUGA